AUGGAAAUUUAUCAAGUCAUGAAAAUUGUUGCAUCUUUGCUUUUGGUUUGGUUUUUGGGACUAGUGUUGUAUGCAUAUAAUGCAUUAGUGACUAAACCAGAAAAACUUAGGUCUAUUAUGAGAAAACAAGGCAUAAAUGGCCCUUCACCCACCAUUCUUUUUGGAAAUACUUUGCAGAUUAUGAAAUACAGAAAAAAUGCCAAAAAGAAAUCAUAUAUGUGUGGUCAAGUUCCUGCAAACCAUAAUUGUAUCAAUUCUGUCUUGCCUUUCAUUGAGGAAUGGCAGAAAAAAUAUGGAAAAGUAUUCAUGUUUUCUCUAGGAAAUACACAAAUAUUAAAUGUGACACAAGUGGAGUUGAUUAAAGAGACAACAAUGUGCACAUCACUAGAUUGGGGAAAACCAACAUAUCAAGUGAAAGAGCGUGGUUCUUUACUUGGUACUGGCAUUAUUACAGCAAAUGGAAAUCAUUGGGCAUAUCAAAGGAAAGUCAUUGCACCUGAAUUUUAUAUGGACAAGGUUAAGGGAAUGACAAAUUUAAUUCAAGAAUCUGCAUUAUCCCUCGUGAAAUCAUGGAAAAAGAAAAUUGAAGCUGAAGGAGACAUUAUUGACAUCAAAAUUGAUCCAUAUUUAAGAAAUUUCUCUGGAGAUGUGAUAUCAAAGGCAUGUUUUGGUAGUAAUUAUUUAGAAGGAGAAGAGAUUUUCACUAGGCUUCGUGCUCUUGAAGAAGUUUGUACCAAAAGAUUUCUAUUUUCUGGAAUUCCUGGCAUGAGGUAUUUACCAACAAAAAGCAAUAGAGAAAUGUGGGGAUUAGAAAAGGAAACUCGCACAUUAAUCUUGAAAUUAGUCAAAGAAAGGAAGAAAACUGGAUAUGAGAAGGAUCUGUUACAAACAAUUCUUGAAGGGGCAGAAAAUAGCAAUUUAAAUUCAGAUGAAAUUGAUCAAUUCAUUGUUGAUAAUUGCAAGAAUAUUUAUUUGGCUGGAUUUGAGACUACUGCUGUUUCUGCAACUUGGUGUCUUAUGUUAUUAGCUGCAUAUCCCAAUUGGCAAGAAAAAGUACGUGCUGAAGUUCAAGAAAUUUGCAAUGGUCAAAUCCCAGAUUCUGAUAUGAUUCGACAGAUGAAACUGUUGACAAUGGUGAUUAAUGAAUCAUUACGCCUUUACUCAACUGUGCCAAUACUAGCUAGGGAGGCAUUUAAGGACAUGAAAUUUGGAAAUGUGAAAAUUCCAAAGGGUAUGAAUGCUUGGACAAUGGUAAUGGCAUUACACACUGAUCCAGAAAUUUGGGGACCAAAUAGCUAUGAAUUUAAUCCAGAAAGAUUUGCAAAUGGAAUAUCAAAUUCUUGCAAAGUUCCACAUGUUUUUAUGCCUUUUGGAAUUGGUCCUAGAGUUUGUGCUGGACAACCUUUGGCUUUGGCUGAGUUGAAAGUAUUGAUCUCCCUUAUUGUGUCUAAAUUCACGUUUAGGCUUUCACCAAGUUAUGUUCACUCCCCUAAACUUGGUAUUGUUAUUGAGCCUCAAUAUGGAGUUGAUAUUUCACUCAAGAAGAAACGGUAGAACCUCAUUUAUUCUUCGUUUUCCUUUUUAUUCUCUGUGUAUAUCUCUCUCUAUCUUGAUUGAGAUCUUGAAUCCUAAAACUGCUAUUUAUAGAAUGCUUACAUGAAGGAUAAUUGAUAUGGAUCAAUUUUUAGA